AUGACCACAUUGUUCCCUGCCAUGGAGAGAGCCAGCCCUGCUUGCCAGACCCAGCCGGGUGGCACAGCAUACGACAGGAGUUGGCAUCACAGGCUGCUGAGGGAUGAGGACGCUCAUUACAACUGGACCGACUGUGAAGCCGAGCACUUGAGCAAAGUCCCUGUCACGCUGCUCAUCUGCCUCUGCGGGCUGGUGGGGAACGGGGCCGUCCUCUGGUUCCUGGGCUCCUGCAUCCGCAGGAACCCCAUCACCAUCUACAUCCUAAACCUGGCCGUCACCAACUUCACCUUCCUCCUCUCCAUUGCCAUUGCCCUUGUGAUAUUUUACGGCCCAGAGAGCUUUUGUCACAGUCUGGGCUCACGGGACGUGACGACUGUGUUGAACAUCACCAUCCUCUUCACUUUCACUGCCAGCGUCUACCUCCUGACCGCCUUCAGUGCCACGACGUCUCUGUCUGUCCUUCCCCCAUCCCGAUGCCCCUGCCACCGCUCCCGGCACUUGCCGGUACUCCUGUGUGCCCUGCUCUGGGCCCUCUCCUUCCUGCUCACCAUCACCCUCUACUUCUGCCCUGCGGCACUCAUCAUCUUCCUCCUGAGCUACCUCUUAUCGAUGCUUACCCUGAUUUUUUCUGGUCUGACACUGCUCACCAGGAUCUUGUGCUGCUCAUGGCAAUAUCCUCCAAGGAAGCUCUGUGUUGUGGUCCUGCUAGCUGUCAUCUUCUUCCCCUUCUUCACUGCUGAUUUUGGCUACUGGCUCUUGCUAAGACUGUUUGAUUUUUCUGUUUUUGUCUUUGACACCUCUAUCCUCUUCGCCUGCAUGAACAGCAGCAUCAACCCCGUUAUUUACUUCUUGGCCGGGAGCUGUACGACCAAGUUCACACUCUCUGUUCGCGUUGCUUUCCAGAGGGCUUUUGAAGAUGUAACAGACCCCCAAAGUAGAGGUGAAACUCCCAGAGAAAACACAGUGGAAACAACUGUUUAA